UUUGUAAAAAGACAAAAAAAAAAACUUGUGUCCCCUGCUUCUCGCAUGGUUCAUCGGAUGCGUUCAUGUUAUUCUGAUUGGUUCUCUUAAUUCCUUUCUCUCUCUCUCUCUCUGUCUCAUCUACCUUCCUCUGUUUCGUUUCAUUACAAUCUCACAGAAAGUUAUUACACAUUAACGUGGGUCCUUCAACCUCUUGAAGGACCCCGCCAUCGUUAAUCCCCUCAACAAAACAAAAAAUUCAAUCUUUAUUGUAAUUUAGGCUUUUUCAGAUUCUGAUAAUCAUGAAUUGUUUUCCAUGUUUCAAUUCACAAAGGAACAGAAACCUUUCUUGUAAGAACGGGGUUAACGAACACGAUGAUCACGACUUCAGACCACCUGUGGCGACGACGAAACAUAUAGAGGAAAGAGAAACAGAGCAAACGCCGCUUAAAACAUUCAAUUUCCGGGAACUAGCGAUGGCAACGAAGAACUUCCGACAAGAAUGUCUUAUAGGAGAAGGUGGGUUCGGUAGAGUUUACAAAGGAACCCUUCAAUCUACUGGCCAGGUGGUAGCUGUGAAGCAGCUAGACAAGCAUGGACUACAUGGUAACAAAGAGUUUCAAGCACAAGUCCUGUCAUUAGCUAAACUCCAACACCCGAAUCUCGUCAAGCUGAUAGGAUACUGCGCUGAUGGAGACCAAAGGCUUUUAGUCUAUGAAUAUUUCUCUAGUGUUUCCCUUCAAGACCAUCUCUACGAGCAUAAGCCAAGCCAUAAGCAUAUGGAUUGGAUAACGAGGAUGAAGAUUGCGUUCGGUGCAGCGGAAGGACUGGAUUACUUACAUGAUAAAGUGAAUCCACCGGUGAUAUACCGUGAUCUGAAAGCUUCUAACGUCUUGUUAGACGACGAGUUUUACCCUAGGCUUUGUGAUUUUGGUUUGCAAAUUCUAUCCCCCGGGGCUGGUGACAGCUUGUUUCUUUCUUCAAGGGUUAUGGACACUUAUGGUUACUCAGCACCUGAGUACACUCGAGGAGACGAGGUCACUAUCAAAUCAGAUGUUUAUAGCUUUGGAGUUGUGUUGCUUGAACUUAUAACUGGUAGAAGAGCUAUUGACACUACUAAACCUAACGAUGAACAAAACCUAGUUGCUUGGGCACAACCGAUAUUUAGAGAUCCAACUAGAUAUCCGGAUAUGGCGGAUCCUCUCUUGAGGAAGAAGUUCUCAGAGAGAGGGUUGAAUCAAGCAGUGGCGAUAACGUCAAUGUGUUUACAAGAUGAACCAAGUGCUCGUCCUUUGAUAAGCGAUGUAAUGGUUGCGCUUAGCUUCCUUUCCAUGUCUACUGAUGGUAUUCCAACCGCGGUUCCAGUUUCAUCGUUUAGGGACAAGAGUAUGUCUAUUGCUUUGAGCAGACACGGUUCUUGUUCUGUGGUUCCCUUUUCACUUCCUCGGAAAGAGGAAGAUGACGCAUCUAGUGUCUCAUCAUCAGACUCGGAAGAUGAAGAAGAACAAGAAGAAGAAUCAAGAAGUAUGAAGAAGCAAGAUGAGGAAACAAACGGAAAUGAUUCAGAAGACGAGUCUGAUUCAAACUCAGAGAAGGAUCAAGAAGAGGAACAAGAUUCUCCUCAGUUGGAGAAAGCUAGAAGCUCUAGCAGUUCAUCUGACUCUGGAAGCGAGAGGAGAAGGUCUAUUGAAGAAACUAAUGCAACUGCUCAGAGCUUGAAGAUAAAGUAUGGUUAUAGCUCUGAAGAGGAAGAUAACGAGAGGCUGAGCAGUAAAAGCAGCUUUAAAUCAAAUGGAGAGAGUUUGCUUUCUUUGCGGUUUGACAGCGAAAGAAAUCACAAUGAUUCGUCUAACAACACAAGCAUGCGAGUCAAUAGUCUUGCUCAUGAUGAUGAUGAUGAUGAGGAGGAGGAGGAGGAGGAGGAGGAGGAGGAGAAUCAUGAAACUCGGCUUGAGCAUACUCAUAGCUCAAAAUCUGAAGUCCAAAGUAUUUAUUCAGACGAUAAUACAUGCGAGGGAAGUGGUGACUCGUCUUUGCGUCGCGUCGAACCAGAGGAAGAAGACCAUGAUUCUUCUGAUCAAGAGUGAAUAUUUUUUUCAAGAGUUUUCUCUCAGAACUUGUUGAUUAAGAAAAAGUCAUGAUUGACAUUUGUAACACGAAAAAAAUGUUUCGACUUCGCUUGUUUUAAAACAAACCAGUUGUUGUCGCAUGAAUCUAACAUACAUUUGUCUGCAACUCUUUUCGGAAAUAUGAAACUUAACACACACUUUUGUGUGUAUACCUUGAUCACAGUAUGUUAGGAGUAAAAGGUUUACAAUACAUUAUCUAACCAUUUGUUUUCCAAAAUAUUUUCAUUAGCUAGGAAGAUCAAUGUUACAGACUUACAAGAUUAUAACUAGUUAUACACAAGUACUCUAAUAGAAACCAUAUUUUAUUCUAAUAAUUACUAUAUGUUUUAUACUUUUUCUAAAAGCUAGACUUGCUGAGAUAUGUUAUGUAUAGUAGAUGAACUCAUGAGUUAGAUCUAGAAAGCAUUUUGUGAACCGAUUGUGGUAGUCAAUUAUUGAGAUGGCUCGUUGUACAUUUGUACUUUAUGCAUAUAAAAAGGUUCAACUAUAUGUAUUUAUUCAUAUUAAGUGGUCAAUUUAUCAUGGUAUCAAAUGGUUAAGAAUGUGACAAAUAUAUAUAUACUAGGGGUAUUCCGGCGCUACACGCCGGGUUCGGACAUUGAUUUCUCUUUUGAAUGCCAUUAGUUUCAUUUUGUAUCUGUUAGUUGUUAGUAUAAUCGAGUUUGAAUUAUUUGUCUUGCCAAUUAAGAAUUUAAGGUCGUGAACUAAUGACUAAUUUUAUGAGUACAUGCUAGGCCAUUUGCCUCCAGGGUUGAUAGCUUUCCACGGCCAUAUCCAGACAAUAGAUCCGUUCUGGCAUAUGCUUGGUCUCGGGUACCAAGGGAAAACAACCUUUUCUGAUGCAGAAAGUGCAGCUGUUGUUCAUUUCAAUGGAAGAGCCAAUCCUUGGCUUCAUAUAGCAUUUCCUCAUCUACGCCCUCUGUGGGCUAAGUAUCUUGAUUCCUCUGACAGGUUCAUCAAGAGCUGUCAGAUUAGAGCAUCAUAAUAACAAUCACAUAUCAAAACUCAAUUCACACGUUGGUUAAAAGGACCUCUUCCAGAUCAUGUUCUUGCAGUCUCUCCGUACUUUCAAAUUCUGAUUGCGAGAAAGUAAAGAAACACAUUCUAUGUAUUAGUGUUUGAACAUCUGCCAAACUCUACUUAAAUUUACAUGUAAAUAGAUAACAUUGCGCCAAGUAAUUGGAGUUAACAAUGUCAUAUCAUUAUCAUUGUUCAGUAGAUAACAGUUGUUCAUACAACCAUAACAUGAUAAAACAAAAGCAACGAUAAGACUGAGAAAACCGA